UAAUUUUUAAGAUAUCAGUAACUUAUAUUUAUACAUAUGUAACGCCCUUUGGAUAUCCAAUCGAAAUACAGCAAACGCUAUCACACUAAACAUCUAUAAAUUGCUAUCACGAUGAUCAGCUGAGUUGAUAUUCGUAGUGCAACUGUUAUAAGAUUGCAAAAAAUGUUCAUUGUGACUAAAAUUACAAAAUUAUAAAAUAUAAUUGUUAUAAAGAAUAAUAAAUUACAGUAAAUUGCAUGUUUUUAAAUGAUUUUAAAUUUAAUUACACUUAAAAAGUAAUUACAGUUUGCUAAUCAAACUGUAGUUCACACCCUAUUAAGUUUUCAUGUUUUGGUAAAGUGUACGACUCUUUCUUUAUGAAAGAAAUAACAUUACUUUGUCAAUAAGAUAAUGCUAUGCGAGCCAAAUUUGGUUAAAUAGGUUAUGUGAUUAUGUUGUUUGAAGUGUACCUACAAUUUUUACGUAUAAAUAUCAAAGCUAUUUAAUAUGUUUAUCACGCUUUAUAAGCGUCAGUAUUAGUUUAAUAAUUAAGAAUGGAACGAAAUGGCGCGAGAGAAAUGGAAGAACGAAUAUGCAUAAGAAGUAGUGGGAAAGCUUUGAAGAAAUAUGGUAGUACAGCCAAGCAUAUUACACGAACUGAAAACCUAAUAAAACACACUGUAUCAGCAACUGAUACCCUUCAAGGAAUUGCUCUAAAAUAUGGAGUUACAACUGAACAAAUAAGAAGAGUUAAUAGAUUAUGGGCUUCUGAUAGUUUAUUUCUAAGAGAACAUUUACUUAUUCCUGUUAGUCCAGAAAGCCCACUGUCAUUACCAAUGGACAAUACUAAUGAAAUUGAACAUAGCGGAGUUCAAAAUGUGUCUAGUCCAUCUUCGGUAACAUCGUCUAUAGAUGAUGAUCAUUCGAUUAAUGACUUUUUAGCUAAAAUGGAUAAUUCUAUAGCCAGUGUUAAAAGAGAAGUUAAACGUACUCAGGGGAAUAGUGAAUUUUGCACAGAUAAUGAUAUUUAUAUACAGCAACAUAGAGCAUCCGCUAAAUUACGUAAUUCACUUCCUGUGACUUCAAGUACAUAUACAACACCGUCUACUUCAGAACCAUUAAGAUCAUCAUCUUCUAGCGAUAUGCAUAACUUUCCAACUGCUGUAGUUAUGACUCAGGGUAGGAAAGUAAAGACAUCAUUACAGAGACUUCAACAACAACAAGAUGAAAUAUUCCAAUUGUAGCAGCUAAAUUUGAUUAGACUGUAAUAUGUUACAAGUUAGCAGCAUCAUUAAAACAUUUGAGAAAAAGGUAUAUUAAUACUGAAUAAUGUACUGGAAUCAGUAGAAGGCUAUUUCAUGUUUGAAAUUUGUUGCUCCGGUGUUAAUGUAAGUUACAUUCAUUGUUUUUCAUAAACUUUAUAUUAUAUUUUCAUUAUAUUCUAAUUGAAAAUAUUUACAGAGAACAAUACUGACCAUUUCUAUUCUGUAGUCUCAGUACUAUGAACAAUGAAUCAAUUAGCUCUCAUAUUGUCCAUGCAUAUUUUUAAAAUAUUUCCAAACGUAUGUCUUAGUAAACCAUAUGUGCCUUUGAUCCAAAUUAAUUGUGUUCUCUUGUCUCUUUACUGUUACUUUUUAAUUUAACAUUUUGAGCUAUCUAUUUAAUGUCCUUUUUGAAUGAUUUCUAUGAAUUAGAAUUUUCUUUUGAGUAACAAAAUUUAAAUACAAUUUAAUUUCUUUGAUAUUCUAUUAUACAACUCAUUUUUCUAAAUCAUUAUCUUGUCUUCCUAAUAGAAUAUUCUCAAUAUUAUUUCUUUAUAUAAUUUAUUUUACUUUUAAGCAGAUCAAACGCCAAACUAGGCAAAUAAAUGCAGCUUUGAUAACAAAUUCUUAAAUAUGUUAAUAAAAAUGAUCCAUUUAAAUAUCUGAAAUAUUAAAAAUAACUAUAGGUUAUAAUAAAAAAUAAUAUUAAAUUUAUUCAUAAUUAAUGUCAGUGCUCAAUUCUUAGUUUUAUCUUUAUAAUAAAUAAUUUUGUGAUUUGUAGCAACGAUUUAUAUUGAAAAAUUUAAUGGAACAAAAAAUGAUUUAUACAUAUUGCACAAAUCAUUUCAAUAUAAAUUUAUAAUAAUUAUGAAUACAUUCGUGAAAUUAAUUUUAAAAUAUUUAAAGUAAAAGUUUUUGCUUCUACUAGCAAUAAAAUUUCCAAAUCAGUUUACAUUCAUUGUGGAAAAUAUUCCAUUUUUAAGAGAUAGAAAAUACUAAGUUAAUUUAGUACACGUUGCAUGUAAUUAUUUUUAGAGUUAUAUAAAUUUACUGUUGAUACAGUUAAUAAAGAUUUUAUGAAAGGAAAGAUAGUACCUGUUAAUACUGUCUACAUUCAAUAUUUUGUUUAUUAGUAUAUUAAUAAUGUUAUUUGCUGAUAUUAUAUAUGUACACAGUUUUAGUAUUGUUAUGUUGUUUACAUUAUGUUAAAUUUAAUAAAAUUAUAUAUUUUAUGGAAAGUGUAUUAAAAAUUCAACUAUGAGUUUAAUGAACAAAUAAUAAAUUUACUUUAAAAUAAUGUAAGAUAAUUGUAGAAAGUAUAAAGUUUGUAUUAAACAAUGUUACAUGGUCUAACUUACAUUUCUACAUGUUAUGAAUUCAUAACAAUUAAUUCAAAUCAGUUUUAAUGCUAUGCAUUAAUGAUUUAUUGUAAAUAUAUUAAAAGUAAGAAAUAUUUUGCGCAUAUUAUAUGAUUUACUAAUUGAAGUAUAAAA